CCCAGCCGCGGGGCCGGCGGGCGGGCGGCGAAGAUGGCAGAGGCACCGGCCUCCCCGGCCCCGCUCUCUCCGCUCGAAGUGGAGCUGGACCCGGAGUUUGAGCCUCAGAGCCGACCGCGCUCCUGUACUUGGCCCCUGCAGAGGCCGGAGCUCCAGGCGAGCCCGGCCAAGCCCUCGGGGGAGACCGCUGCCGAUUCCAUGAUCCCCGAGGAGGAGGACGACGAAGACGACGAGGACGGCGGCGGCAGAGCCAGCUCGGCCAUGGCGAUCGGCGGCGGCGGCGGCGGCGGCGGGAGCGGCCCGCUGGGCUCCGGACUGCUCCUGGAGGGCUCGGCCCGGCUGCUGGCCCCGGGAGGGCAGGACCUCGGCGUCGGGGCAGCUGCCGCCGCGGGCGCGUCGAGCGCAGGCACACCGACGGCCUUGCAGCCUCAGCAGCCGCUGGCAGCGCCACAACCCGGGGCUGCUGGGGGCUCCGGGCAGCCGAGGAAAUGCUCCUCGCGGCGGAACGCCUGGGGGAACCUGUCUUACGCUGACCUGAUCACUCGCGCCAUCGAGAGCUCCCCGGACAAACGGCUCACCCUGUCCCAGAUCUACGAGUGGAUGGUACGCUGUGUGCCCUACUUCAAGGAUAAGGGCGACAGCAACAGCUCUGCCGGCUGGAAGAACUCUAUCCGACACAACCUGUCGCUGCACAGUCGAUUCAUGCGGGUCCAGAACGAGGGCACUGGCAAGAGCUCUUGGUGGAUCAUCAACCCAGAUGGGGGGAAGAGCGGGAAGGCCCCCCGGCGGCGGGCUGUCUCCAUGGACAACAGCAACAAGUACACCAAGAGCCGCGGCCGUGCCGCCAAGAAGAAGGCAGCCCUGCAGACUGCCCCCGAGUCUGCAGAUGACAGUCCUUCCCAGCUCUCCAAGUGGCCUGGCAGCCCCACGUCCCGCAGCAGUGAUGAGCUGGAUGCGUGGACAGACUUCCGCUCCCGCACCAAUUCCAAUGCCAGCACAGUCAGUGGUCGCCUGUCACCCAUCCUAGCAAGCACAGAGUUGGACGAUGUACAGGAUGAUGACGCGCCACUCUCCCCCAUGCUCUACAGCAGCUCAGCUAGCCUGUCCCCCUCCGUAAGUAAGCCGUGUACUGUGGAGCUGCCAAGGCUGACUGACAUGGCGGGCACCAUGAAUCUGAAUGAUGGACUGGCUGAUAACCUCAUGGAUGACCUGCUGGACAACAUCACACUCCCAUCAUCCCAGUCGUCACCCACUGGGGGGCUCAUGCAGCGGAGCUCCAGCUUCCAGUACACCGCCAAGGGCUCUGGCCUGGGCUCUCCAACCAGCUCUUUUAACAGCACUGUGUUCGGACCCUCGUCUCUGAACUCCCUGCGUCAGUCUCCCAUGCAGACCAUCCAGGAGAACAAGCCAGCCACCUUCUCUUCCAUGUCGCACUAUGGCAACCAGACACUCCAAGACCUGCUCACUUCGGACUCGCUCAGCCACAGCGAUGUCAUGAUGACCCAGUCAGACCCCUUAAUGUCUCAGGCCAGCACCGCUGUGUCUGCCCAGAACUCCCGCCGGAACGUGAUGCUUCGCAGCGAUCCAAUGAUGUCCUUUGCUGCCCAGCCUACCCAGGGGAGUUUAGUCAAUCAGAACUUGCUCCACCACCAGCACCAAGCCCAGGGCGCUCUUGGUGGCAGCCGUGCCUUGUCGAAUUCUGUCAGCAACAUGGGCUUGAGUGACUCCAGCAGCCUUGGGUCAGCCAAACACCAGCAGCAGUCUCCCAUCAGCCAGUCUAUGCAAACCCUCUCGGACUCUCUCUCAGGCUCCUCCUUGUACUCAGCUAGUGCAAACCUUCCCGUCAUGGGCCACGAGAAGUUCCCCAGCGACUUGGACCUGGACAUGUUCAAUGGGAGCUUGGAAUGUGACAUGGAGUCCAUUAUCCGCAGUGAACUCAUGGAUGCUGAUGGGUUGGAUUUUAACUUUGAUUCCCUCAUCUCCACACAGAAUGUUGUUGGUUUGAACGUGGGGAACUUCACUGGUGCUAAGCAGGCUUCAUCUCAGAGCUGGGUGCCAGGCUGAAGGAUCACUGAGGAAAGGGGAAGUGGGCAAAGCAGACCCUCAAACUGACACGAGACCUACAGAGAAAACCCUUUGCCAAAUCUGCUCAGCAAGUGGACAGUGAGACCGUUUACAGCUUAACACCUUUGUGAAUCCCACGCCAUUUUCCUAACCCAGCAGAGACUGUUAUCAGCCCCUCACCCUGGGUGAAGCACUUAACCCUGGAACAGAACUCUAUAAAGUAUGCAAAGUCUUCCUCAUCGGGGUGGCGAGGAGCCACCUGUCAGCGAGGACAGCACCCGUCAGCACCACCCACUCUCCUCCAGAGCACACCGGGAGCCCCCACUGGCGAUUCUGUGGUGUUUUAAAAUCGCGAUGGUUUAUGGGAUGUUUAAGUGUUGUGUUUGUGUUAUUUUCCUUUGACCCUCCUGAGUUUUUCCACGCACAUUAACCUGCAGUAUUUUUUGUUGUUGUUGUUGUUAAAUCGCUAACCAUCUUCCCCUAGCAAACUUCCAGUAGAAGGAAGAUGUCAUACCAGUUACCAUUCUGGCAUUGGGUGCCACAAGCUUUUGAGCCCAUAGAACAUCAUAAACUAACACGUUACAUAAGCAAGGAGAGUUUUUCUUCCUCCUUUUGUUUGGUAGAAAAUUAUCCUUUUCUAAAACCUCAACAAUGGCACAAUUGUUUGCUCUGCGUACCCGUCCAGGACUAAACCACACAUGAGCAAAAUGAGUGGAGCACAGUAUCUGACCCAGUAGUUUCCAGUGCUGAGUCGGGGGGCUAGGGGGGGGUCUGUGGAUGAGACCUCCAGUGCCUGGUCUGCAGCUGACCAGUUCGUAGGACUUUGAGUCAUGUUACUCCCCUCAGCUAAUGUGGUAGACAGUAUUGGUCUGUUGAUGAGCAAUUAAGAUCUUUUCAAGAAAGAAAUCAGUUCAGUUACCCACCCAUUGCCAAAUGCCAGUAAAGGAUUUAGUUUUAAGGACAGAAAAAAAAAAAAAAUAAACGGGAAAAAAAGGGUCCUGUUCAGCUUUGCAAAAGACAUGAAGUUACAGGUGAGUCGUGGAAGCUUGCAGUGAGCAAUGUGUGGAGAGAACACACCAGGUCUGCACUAAGCGAGGUCUAACUUCACUGUUUGUGAUAUUUUUCAGCCUUGCGGUGUAUAAUCUGACCUAGGAGUGAAUGAGUGAAAGGCAAUAGCAUAUGAAAAUUGAGUUUUUAUAUAAGCCUAGAGUGUAAUUCUACAAGUCACACAACAGAAGUACAAGGCAGUUUAAGUUGUGUGUUUUUUUUUAAACUUUCCUGCUUCUAUGGAUUUCAUUGUUUUGUUCCAAAAAGUUAUGGUGCUGUAUAGGUGCUUUCUGUUUAACCUGCAAAGUGUGAUUGUAUUCGUUACUCCCUUUGGUGGACGGACUAGUUGGGAACACCUUUGGUACAUUAAAACUGGUGUGAGGCCGCUCUGAUUAGCACAGCAUAUACGCACUUCUCCAAAGUGAUACAUGAAGACUCUUUUCUUUGCAUAAAAAGCAUUAGGCAUAUAAAUGUAUAAAUAUAUUUUAUCAUGUACAGUACAGAAAUGGAACCUUAUGCAUGGGCGUUAGGAACCAGGCUAAUGUUUCAGCAUAGACUUCUCCACUUGAGUUCUCGCUGUUGCCUGCACUGGGGCAGUGGGCACCAACGCAGAUGUGCCACCCAACCCCCUGUACCCACCACUGGCUACCAGGGACCCCCUUGUGCGCCUUUGCUUCAUAACUCCUCUGGGGGUGAUAUUGGUGGUCAUCACAGCUCCCCACAUGUUAAGCGUUCCAUUUGGUAUUGUCACACGUCUACUGCCUCGCUUGCAUCGUCAUGUUUGAGCAAUAGCCCUGUUGAUUUCACCCUGCCUUUUGCAGAUCUGUCAAUCAUCGAACAGUUGUGGUUAUAGUAGACCUGUAGCGUAUCACCUUUUCUAAACCGCCACAUGUUUAUGCUCUUCAUUUUUAAAGUAUGUAUAAUUUUGAAAACGACGUAUUGUAUCCAUGUGGUCUGCUCUUCAGUGAGCCACACUUGCUUACUGUAGUCCUUUACGACGAUGCUAACCACUUCCUUGCUUCUUUGGCAGUCGGCUGUCCACAAAAGUUGUCCCACUUGGGGCACAGGGCUGCCUUUCUGACUUCCUAAGUGCUGCUGCUGCCUGGGUGGGGUGCAUCAAGAAGGAGGGAACACAGGGUGAGUUGGGGAGAACUCAGGUAUCAGGCAGAAUCCCAAGUGCUUCCAACAUGAGGGCCCUGAGAAUUCUCUCCCAAGUUCAGAGAAAUGAGCAAACUCACAAGAUAGCUAUUUGCCUAUGCCGUUUACAGUCCCUGGGAACUGCUUUGGGAUUGAGAAAGGCAAUCUUCCAAUGUGUUCCUCCAGCUUUAAAAUGUUGAAUUCCUUUCAGACAUGUGGCAUCUCAUUUAUUCUCUUUUCUAAUGUUUGUUGGGUUUCAGGCACCGUGUCUUACAAAAUGUCCCAGAAAGAGAUUAUAAUUUGAUCUGAAACAGCUGAGGGAGGGACAGGAGGUCUGAGGCCAGAGCAGGCCUCAUAACAGAUCAGGAAAGCAGAAGGGAAAUGCUUUGAUUUUCUUUGCUUUUUUUUUUUUUCUUUUUUUUUCUUUUUUUAAUAGAACACAAACAGCACAUGUAGAGGGUUAUGGAGAGAGCAGGAGUCGGUCCAGGACUCCUGCGUCCUCACCCUCAGAUUCUGCCACACAGAGAGGCCGGGCUCCUUAGACAGGUCCACUGUAGUGGUCAGACUGGGUAGAGGGGCAGCUUGGGGCCUCUCUCCCUUCUGUCGGGACCCUGCUUUCAGAGUAGACCAGCUUCUGACCACCUGAUAGCAUUCUGAAUGUCUUGAGUUCCUAACAAUAAAUGUUGUGUCUGGGACAUUUCAGCGGAUGACUCCACAGCCCCUGGGUCAGGACCAGUAGCUAUGGUAGAAUCCUGAUAAAAACUCUCUGCAGGGUCCCUUAAGGGGCCUUAGGGAACCCAGUCCACUUUGGGAUGGGAAUUUAGAAAGCACAGCACCUAGUGUUGAAGACCAGGUGUGCAUGCUAGGACCCUAUGGUUCUCUUCCUGUUCCAGAACCUGACACCUUUGUACCAAAGCUAGGAAAGAGCUUUACCACAAGCCAUCACUGUCCUGGCAUGAGAACCAAGCACCAGGUCCAGGGCACCCACUGACUGACUGCACCUGAGGUUGGUUUUCUUUGUUGAACCCUCUGCCAACAGAGUGAUUGCUGACACACUUUUUUUUUUUUUUUUUGGCGGUGGGGGGGGGAUCCUUUUGAUAGAAGAUGAUGCACACAGGUGUAGUACCAGAUGGACUUUGUUUUUGGUGUUGAUUCUUAGCAUUUUAGUGUGUGUGUGUGGCUUCCCCAGCCUAAGGAGAGGACAUCACAGCUCAUUACUCAGGACAGGUACGCCCCAUCUCAGGUGUUACUGCAGACAGCUUCCAGACCUGUACACAGGUUUAAGGUUCAUAGGGACAGAUUUCUUUACCUUUUCCUAAGAAGCUCCAAUGAAUGAAAAGAAAAAGAAAAAAAAAAAAAAAAAGGAACAUUUAAACCUUUUGAAAAAGACCAAGAGUAAAGUGGGCAACAAGUAAGCCCUCCGUUGUGUAAGCUGGUGUCAGGGACUGAUGAAGGAAAUAAAACUUACCUGUGUUCUCUCAUCUCAUAAGAAAACCUUGACACAGGCUCUGACUGACAUUUUUGUAUAUUUGGGAACAUCAUAUGAUUAGGCACAAUAUUACUGGGUUUUAACUUUUUUGUAAUUAAGAAAAGCAAACUUUUUGUAGAGGGCAACAUCACCUCUGGGUGGAUGGGUGGGGGGGGCAGUGAAGUUUUUGUGGAAUCGUGUCUGUCCAACAAGAUCUUAAAGCAGAUGCACAAGUAACUGAAAAUUAUGUGAGAGUUAAGGCUAAAUUUUAAGUGAAUCAUAUUUACGCAGAUGGAGUGAAUAGAAUAUAUUCCUCUUGUUUAGUUUUGUUCGUACGUAUCUUUCUUGGAUGAGUGAAUGAUUACAAGGCCUUUGCUACACUCCAGAAAUAACUUGCGUGGCUGCUUUAAAGAAAAAAAAAUCUCUGUGUGUUUGGUCAGUUAUUUCUCUACACUUAUCUCAUUGCCCGGCAAUCAGCCUUCUCUCGUCUUCUUGUCCUGCCCAUACAUACACGUGGGAAAUGUAAUCAGGUGUGAGGAGGACCAGAUCAAUUAGUGAAUAUUGAGAACAAUGUAUUAUGCAUUUUGGCUUCACAUGUUUAACUUUUUUUUUAAGAAAAAAAAAAGUUGCAUGAAUGGGAAAACAAUUCUGUAUACAGUAUCUGUAAAACUGUCUUAUCUGUUUUGAUUUCUUGCUGAUCCCCCAUCCAAGCUAGAAUUCAGUUAUGGCGCAUGGCCAUAUUCAAACACCCAAGAGUCCAGCAGUCCCUCCUUUGGUUCAAAGCACCUUGUCCUCUCAAAGCGGACACCGUCAUCUUGCAUUCUUACUGAGGAGUUUGUCUAACCUUAUGUUGCCAUGAGUUAACUCUGCCGCCUCUCUUUUCAAGGAUCAGAACCAGUUUGAUUUGGGAACCUUCCCCUUUCCACAUAACGUGGAAAUGCAGCGCUUUCUUUCCUGGUGUCUGUAGAUAUUGCCUGUGUAUUCCAUUUAAAUCCGUAAUCCAGUUUGUAAAAGAGAUGGUGACGCAUGUAAAUAAAGCAUCAAUGACACUCUA